AGUUAUCAUUCAGUUAUCUCAACGACAACUACAAUCUAAUCUCAAGAUGAAAUUCGUUAUUGUUUUCUCCGCCCUCUUCGCCGUUGCCAUGAGCGCUUCCGUGGCUACCGACUCAGCUCACGCUGAAGUCCUCCGUUACGAGAACGACAACAUCGGAGUUGAAGGAUACAAAUACGCUGUUGAGACCAGCGAUGGCAAGUCUGCUAGCGAAGAAGGAGUCUUGAACAACUCUGGCAAGGAAGGUGCCUCCAUCGCUGUCCGUGGUCAAUUCAGCUAUGUUGCUCCCGAUGGUAACACCUACACCGUCACCUACAUCGCUGAUGAGAACGGUUUCCAACCCCAAGGAGCUCAUUUGCCCGUUGGCCCACAAUAAGUGACUUUUUCGUUUCAACGUAGAACAAGUUUGUCGUUGAAGUCUACUGAUUGAUCUGUUUUUGUCAAUUGGUUGCUUGAUAAUACAAAAAAUGAUUAAGGAAUUGAUACAAUCGAAAUAAAAAAAAAACAUACUGCAAGAAAAAUUAA